AUGGGUGGGGGCGUAGCCUGCUACAUCCAUCACUCACUCAAGGCUAGGCUGAUUGCGACCUCUGCAGCAACUCAUAUUAAUGCCCCUGAAUUUCUUAUGAUCGAGAUUCGACUGCCAUGUAAUGAAACUGUCUUAUUUGCGUCAGUAUACAGAAGACCGAAGGGAUUUCUCCUUCAUGAUUUUGCUCAAGCACUUACUAAUGUCUCACAUCUCUACAAGAACAUCAUCAUAGGUGGCGAUCUAAAUUGUAACCUACUGACAAAUAGUUUUGAGGCUAACUUCCUGCGUGAUCUCAUGUCUGGUCUAUCCAUGAGUAUUAUUCAAUCCGACGCCACUUAUCAUACGGCUACCUCUGACUCAUGGCUAGAUGUCCUAGCGGUGGAUGAUUGUGAGAAAGUCCUUAGAUUUUACAAAUCCGAAUGCCCGUUCAUUGCGGGACAUGAUCUAAUUGAACUGUCGCUUUCACUGGGCACGAAGUUAGUCGCAGAACGUACCAUGUUAAGGCGCUGUUAUCGAGCUAUCGAUGCUGAUGAAUUCCUUGACCAUCUUCAGUCCUUAAUUGAGAGUCCUGAGGUUUUGGCUUGUGUUAGUGCUGCCUCUGAUUGCGGUAAUGUUCGUUGCGACCAAUCGUCUGCGUCUCUAGUUGAUAGAUUCUGCUCUGUACUGUCUGAGACUGUUCUCAAUACUCUUGAUGUGGUUGCACCAGAGCGUGUUUUUAUCAUUAAUAAGCCCCCUGUGCGGUGGCUUACAAGCGAUCUUAAGUCCAGAAUUCGCAUUCGCAACCAGGUUUACAAGCGUGCUAAACGUUCAAACAGCAUACUUGGUUAUUUUUUAUACAGACAAUUUUGUAACCAGCUCAAUUUGGAUAUUAAACGUGCCAAAAGUGAAUUUCAAUUUAACUCUCUUAAAACAAUCACCGACCCUGCAAAAUUGUGGAGAGAGUUGGCACGUCUGGGUCUUGUGAAGUCUUCUUCAGUAUCUCCUCUACAUUAUUUCACACCUAGUCAAUUGAAUGCACACUACGUCUCUGUUUCUGAUGCUCAUUCGCCUUGCUUAUAUGAGGACUUUAUUUCUGCUAUUGCUCGUGUCACUUGUCCAUCCGAACGUCCUGAGUUUGCUUUUUCUGCGAUUACGCCUCUCACGAUCUUUCAACUUAUUUCUGCGAGACCACUUCAUUCCUAUGCAGCAGGUGUGAAUGGUAUUCCUCUCUACAUAUUGCGGUUGGCGUGGCCUGUAAUUUCGUCUUGUUUAACUGCUCUUUUUAAUUACUCCUUAGAACAGUCAUCCUUUCCGUCUCAGUGGAAGAGGGCGCUCAUUCGCCCUCUCUCGAAGACUCGCAUUCCCUCAUCCCCAUCUGACACGAGACCGAUUGCAAACUUGCCUGAGUUGUCUAAAAUACUUGAACGUAUUGUUGCCUCACAGAUUGCUGACUAUUUAACUAAGCUUAAUCUUAUCAAUACGAGACAGUCAGCUUUUCGUCCGUAUCAUAACACUCAGUCUGCGCUUUUGCGUGUGUGUGACGAUAUAAAGAAAGCGAUUGACUCUGGACUUGUUACAAUCAUGAUCCUUUUCGAUUUUAGCAAGGCGUUUGACACAGUACCACAUCUCAGACUUCUGAUUAAACUCAAAGAAUUGGGUUUUUCUGACCCCACUCUUAUCUGGCUUUUCUCAUACCUUACCGGUCGCUCUCAGGCUGUCGCUGAUGAUGAGGGUAACCUUUCUUCUUGGCUUAUUACUCUGUGCGGUGUUCCGCAGGGCUCUGUCCUCGGUCCACCUUUGUUCACUCUUUACAUUAAUGACAUUGGUACAGUCUUGAUAUAUUCCGAUUACAUGAUAUUUGCUGACGAUGUUCAAAUUUAUCGUUCAUGUGCUCUUUCUAAUCUCCUCCACAACCUUAACUUAAUCUCCAAAGAUGCAAACGCUAUCUUCGACUAUGCAAAUGUCAAUGGUUUGAAACUAAACCCUGCAAAAUCCAAAGUCAUUAUUUUUGGCAGUGGAAUAAAUAUCAACAAUAUUGAUUUGAAUGCAUUACCACCUAUUAUUGUUAACCACACGCCUUUGCCAUAUGUAAGUGAGGUGAGAAACCUUGGAGUUUGUUUCGAAUCGAAUCUCUCUUGGAAUAAGCAUGUCUCGCAUGUCUCGCAGAGAGUUCAUCAUGCGUUGUAUAAACUGAAAUUCAGUAAGAAUUCUCUUUCCACCGAACUUAGAAUCAAGCUGGUAACAUCUCUGGUACUACCCCACUUGGACUACUGCUGCCUUGUCUAUCAUGGCUUGAGCAAGGAACUUAAUCUGAAGUUACAGAGACUUGUAAACUGCUGUAUCAGAUUUAUCUUUAAUUUGCGAAAAGACGAGCAUAUAACGCAAUAUCGACGACGCCUAGGGUGGUUGUCCGUAGAAAAUAGAAGAUUGUAUUUUCUUGGCUGCCAAAUGUAUCGUAUCAUCUACAUGGGCUCGCCAGCAUAUCUGAGUGAACUUUUUACCCCACUUAGCCCAUCGCUCAGAAGAUCCACUCGAAUUGCAAAUUGUUCUUCGCAAACCUUCCAUAUCCCAGCUUUCCGAACGGAAAUAUAUAGAAAUUCCUUUCUGAUAUCGGCCAUCUAUUUUUGGCACUCUCUCCCGGACAAUAUUACAUCAGCAACUACUAUUGCAGCUUUUAAGAAUCUCCUCCGAUCCUACCUGCUGUCAUCCGAAUUCUCAGACUAA